GCUGCGGUCCCCGACUCAGCCUCCUCCUCUCGCCGGCCAGCCUCCUCCUCUCGCCAUCGCCCCGCUACUCCACCGCUUCCAUCCGCCACCGACCAUGGCGUGGCCGACGCCGUACAAGGACUCGACCGCCCCGCCACGCUAGCUCCGCCGCCGCCGCCGCCCCUUGCCGUCUUCUUCCUCCUCCCCUCCCUCCUUCCUUGGCCCAACACAAUGCUGCCCUCUAGGGUGAAUAUCUCCUGCUCCGCCGCCCCCAAAUCUUAGCCCCUCUCCGGUCGUCAUCUAUCAUCCCCUGGCUAAUUUGCCCCCUCUCCCCGGCCCUCCCUCUCUCUCCUCAGGCAAAAUGCAGCUUUUGAGGGGGAUGCUCGUGCCCACUGUUAGUGAUUGAUCCUAUUCCUACCUCACAUCCUCUCGAUCUUGAAGAUGUCUAAAUCAAAAGCCAAGGGUAAAGGCAUUGCCUUGGAGGAACCCCAGCCAUCCCACAUGUUUACAUUGCAAUUGUCAAAUCUCCAAGGCGAUUAUGUGGUUAUGAUGGAAAAAAUCGAGGCAGCAAUCAAACAGCUAAACCAAAGUGAGAUCAACAAGGAGCCCACUCUUUUGCGUAAACCACUGACAUUUGAGGGUCGAAUGUACACUCCAAAAACUGGGACUUUCUUAGUGAAAUUGGAACCCGAGCAUCAAGGAAAAGUCGUCACACUGCUCUAUAGAUGGUUUGACUUUUACUUCGUCGGCUUCCACGUUGAAGUGGUUUGGUACUUGUUCAGCGACUUUGACACCCGCAUGCUUCCUCCUCAAAGCCAGCUGCGCUACAACCCCAAGGAUGGAGUGGGAAUAGUCAAGCUCAUUUUCGGCUGCAACUAUUUGGAAGUUGGGAGCUAUGCCAUAAAGGUUGGGCGACCGGCAUUCGAACGGUGCAUCGCGGCCUUGAGUAAGGCUGAAGAAUUGCAUGGUACAGAAGAAGGCCAGAAGGUUCUUGCUGCAGGACCGUUGGCCCUUCCGAUGGUGGUGAUCUCAGAAGCAAUCCGCUUUGAUCUAUGGAGGGCCUGUGUGACGAAACGACUUGGUGAGGAGGUGGAUGAUGUUGUUGAGGAGGAGUACAGCCAGUACUUCCAGUAUUGGCAGAAAAUGUCAGUGGCCAUUGUCAACAAGGAUAAGUGGGAUACUCUGGAGUUAGAUGAGUUAGUCAAAUUGGUCCGUGUUCUCAUGAGGAACAAGGAAAUCAAGCCUGAGAAGAAAAAGUGGAUGCCGCGCUCUUCAUCAAGCACCAGCUCAGGGAAGAAGUGAUAAUCGGCCAAAAGAAGAGGGCUUGUUCAAAUCGAGCUUUUGUGUCUCAUCUGUUGAAGCUGGCGGGCUCUACCUUUAUACCUAACCAAACCGAAGUGGCUGCUUGUUUGUUGGAGGAGAAUCAUUUGCUGUAAAAUACUAUGCUAUGCUAUGAUAUGUGUAUCCCAGCCGUUGCUAUGCUAUGCCAUGAUAUGUGUAUCCCAGCCGUUGCUGGUGAAGAGAGAGAGACCAUUACAUGCUAUGACAUGUUCCUAUGCAUUGAAGCAGAUAGAUGAACCCAUCCGUGUUAA